AUGAAGCAGAACAGAGUCAGACCUAACCAAGCCGAUGUUGAAUGGAAAUUUGCGCGAAGUAAACUUUUUGUUGAAUACUUUGAUGAUACGGCCACAUUACCGCCACCGUUCAAUAUCAUUCCCAGCCCAAAGAGCUUCUACUACGGACUGAAAUGGAUUUUCGACAAGUACUGCAGUUGCUCAAAAGCGAUUCGAGCCGGAAAACAGCGCAGUAUGAGGAAUCAAAAAAUCCUUCGCGUCGUCAAUGACCUUGAGAGCAAUUACCGCUUCGUCACCCGUAAUCUCAUCAAGCGCUACAUUGCUCAAAUGCAACGGAUGAAGCAACAAAACGAGGGUGUCAGCGAGGAUGACGUCAACGAAAUCAAGCAGGUAUAG